AUGUAUGAAUGUGACCGAACAGCUCAAUUUGAUGAUAAUGAUUUGCCUGACGAUUUGUGUGAUGCAAUUUAUCAACAAACAGCAUCGUGUGCAUAUAAUGGUGCCAUUGUCUGGGAUGUCGGUGGUAAUGAUAUGGUUGCAUUUCCAGAAGAAGCUGGAUAUCCAAUGGGUGGUGAUUUUCCCAUCAAAUAUUAUAUGGUUCAAAUACACUAUAACAAUCCCAAUCAACUUUCGAAUCGCACGGACAGUUCAGGUAUUCGCUUUUAUAUCGGUAAAGAACUUCGUCAAUAUGAUCUUGGCUAUUUGACUUUGGGCACUAUUUCAACGCCGCGCGCUUUGGCCAUCCCACCGAAAGUAGAACGAUUUAUCAUUGAUUCGUACUGUUCGGCGACUGCUACGAUGGUAAAUAUGACUCGUUGUCUAUGUCUCAUCUAA